GCCUCCUUCCCUCCGCCACCGCCCGGCUUCGGGGUGAGGGAACCGCGCUGCUCCUCGGCCGGCAGCCCCCCUCUCACCCGCGGGGCGCUAUGAGCCAUGAAGCCGCCCGGCAGCAUCUCCCUGCGGCAGCCGCGCUGCGGCCGCCGCCUCCCCGCCGCCGCCGCCUGCCGCCCCACGCUCCUGCCGCUCCUCGGCCGCCUCGUCUCGCUGCUCCUGCUCCUCCAUGGCUCAUCUUGCCCGCGGGCCCGAGCGGCUGCAGCGGCCGCCGACCUGCAUUGGAAUGAAACAGCAGGCAGUACAGAGGGAGUACUGCCGGAUGAAGAGAAUACAUUUCAACAGAAUAAAAGCAACAACAGUAAAAAUAACAGCUACAGCAAUGCAAUCCAGAAAGAAAUCACACUGCCUUCAAGACUAAUCUAUUACAUCAACAGAGACUCUGAAACCCCUUACCAUGUCCUGGAUACUAGGGCAAGGCACCAGCAGAAGCAUGACAAGGCUGUACAUCUGGCCCAGGCAAGUUUCCAGAUUGAGGCCUUUGGCUCCAAAUUCAUCCUUGACCUCACACUGAAUAAUGACUUGUUAUCUUCCAAUUAUGUGGAGAUUCACUAUGAAGAUGGGAAACCAAAGUUUUCGAAGGGUGGAGAGCAUUGUUACUACCAUGGAAAAAUCAGAGGUAUCAAGGAUUCCAAAGUUGCUCUUUCAACUUGUAAUGGACUUCAUGGCAUGUUUGAGGAUAGUACUUAUUUAUACUUGAUAGAACCAAUGGAUUUGACCCAUAGUGCAGAAAGUAAAAGUAGGCCACAUAUCAUCCAAAGAACACAAGCCUCAAAGCAAUUGCAGGACCUUGAGACUGAAUCUAGUUCUGGAUGGCCCUAUCUGUCUGAACUACAGUGGCUGAGGAGAAAAAGAAGAAAGAGAGCAGUAUCUCGUGGUGUCUUUGAAGAAAUGAAAUAUCUGGAGCUCAUGAUAGUCAAUGACCAUAAAAUGUUCAAAAAGCACCGGUCUUCAAAUGCAUACAUAAACAAUUUUGCAAAGUCUGUGGUAAACCUUGUAGAUGCCAUAUACAAGGAACAGCUGAACACCAGGGUGGUUCUUGUUGCUGUGGAAACUUGGACAGACAGAGAUCGUAUUCACAUUCACCCUGACCCUCUGCAGAUGCUUCAUGAUUUCUCCAAAUAUCGACAGCUCUAUAUCAAACAGCAUGCUGAUGCUGUGCACCUACUCUCGAAUGUGACAUUUCAUUACAAAAGGAGCAGCUUAAGUUACUUUGGAGGGGUUUGCUCUGUGACCAGAGGAGUAGGAGUGAAUGAGUAUGGCCUCCCUUUGGCCAUGGCACAGGAACUAGCCCAAAGUCUUGCUCAGAACCUUGGAAUACAAUGGGAGCCAGCUGCCAGGAAACCGAAGUGUGACUGCACUGAAUCCUGGGGUGGUUGCAUCAUGGAGGAAACGGGGGUAUACCAUUCCAGGAAAUUCUCCAAAUGCAGCAUUGCAGAAUACAAGGAGUUCUUACUUCGUGGUGGAGGCGCCUGCCUUUUCAACAGGCCAACAAAGCUUUUUGAAACCACCGAGUGUGGAAACGGAUAUGUAGAAGCAGGAGAAGAAUGUGAUUGUGGUUUCCGAAUGGAGUGCUAUGCAGACUGUUGUAAGAAGUGCUCUCUUUCUAAUGGAGCUCACUGUAGUGAUGGACCCUGCUGUAAUACAUCAUGUCUUUUUUUCCCACGGGGCUAUGACUGUCGAUACGCAGUGAAUGAAUGUGAUAUUGCAGAGUUCUGCACUGGGGAUUCUGGCCAGUGUCCACCAAAUCUUCAUAAACAAGAUGGGUAUGCCUGUGAUUCUAAUCAGGGUCGUUGCUAUAACGGUGAAUGCAAGACAAGAGAUAAUCAAUGCAAAUAUAUCUGGGGAUCUAAGUCUUCAGGAUCUGACAAAUUUUGUUACGAAAAGCUUAAUACAGAGGGUACAAAAAAAGGAAACUGUGGAAAAGAUGGAGACCGAUGGAUUCAGUGUAGCAAACAUGAUGUUUUCUGUGGCUUUUUGCUCUGUACUAAUCUUACUAGAGUUCCACGAGUUGGUCAAGUUCAAGGAGAAAUUAUUCCCAACUCUUUUUAUCAUCAAGGACGAAUAGUGGAUUGCAGUGGUGCUCAUGUUCUUUUAGAUGAUGAUACAGAUUUAGGUUAUGUGGAGGAUGGAGCUCCAUGUGGACCUCAGAUGAUGUGUCUGGACAAAAAGUGCCUGCCAAUUCAAUCCUUGAACAUAAGCAGCUGUCCCAUUGGUUCUAAUGGAAAAGUCUGUUCUGGUCAUGGGAUUUGUAGUAAUGAAGCCACUUGCAUUUGUAAUUUCUCCUGGGCUGGGACAGACUGCAGUAUUGAUGAUCCUAUCAGGGAUACUGGUAGCAAGAAGGAUGAAGGACCCAAGGGUCCUAGUGCCACCAAUCUUAUUAUAGGCUCCAUCGCUGGUGCCAUCCUGGUAGCAGCUAUUGUCCUUGGGGGGACAGGAUGGGGCUUUAAAAAUGUCAAAAAACGAAGGUUCGAUCCAAGUCAACAAGGCCCUAUCUGAAGAAAUGUGUUUCAAAGAGCUGCCUCUUGCACUACUGGAUUUUGGGUAUGAUGUCUUUGCUGUAGCUGCACACAAACUAACUCAGUAAGGAAGAACAUGAGAAACUAACUAUAAACACAGCGUUGGGAUAUUAAGCUUUGGGGCAGUAGAAGACUCUCCUUUUUGGAGAUAAGUUCAGAAUACUUCCUCUGUUCACCUUUCUCCUGUUAACAUUAACUGACAAGCGUUACAAGCAAACUGUUUCAGAAUCAGGUAGGGUUUUUCUUUUCUCAAAGGAGGAGACACACAGACCAAGUGCAAUAAGUGAACUGUUCCAAAAAUAAUGAAAUAGCAGCACAUGUUUUCCCCAGCCUGCUGGCACUCUAACUUCACUUGAGUUCGCAUGACUUCCUUUUUCUUACCAAACUCCAGUGGCAUGAGGAGCUAGUUCUGAAAGGGUAACCUGCAUGGCUGACAUACAGACAACCAAGUCGCAAUCUGACCCCAAGCAGAAUCUGCAGCCCAAUAAAUGCAAACCACUGGGAAGCCAGUACCAGGCUCUGAUAGCUUUUCCAACUGCACAUUGCAUUUCACCACUGGACUCCAGUAUUCCCUGCUCUGGGAGCUCGCUCUCUACCUUGGUGUGGUCUCCUGAGCCAGAAGUCUGUUGGGUAUGGAAGCCACCGAGUGGUGGAUGUAAUUCUUCCAAGAAGGAAAAAGUGUAAAUAUGGAAAUAAGAUUUUGAUGUAUCAUUUUCACAGAUUAUAUAUAAAUAUAUAUAUGAGAAAAGGAUUUCCAUAUAAAAAGUUCUAUUCUUUAUGUAAAUCUAUUUUUGAUGUUGGGUUUGGUUUUGGGUUUUUUUGCUCCCCUUUUUUUUGGUAGCAUGUUGUACAGCUGAUGUUCUGGGCUUGCUCAAAAAAGGCAGAUAAUAGCAUGCAGAUGCAGGGAGUUCUGACACCAAACAGAUGUGAUCUGAAGUUUGUAUGCUUGAAACCAAAAACAAUUAAAAUGUAUAAAUACAUAUCUAUGUAUUGACUAUAAGUCUGGAUUACUUUUUUUUUUGCUGUUACACAGAUUUUUCCAUAAGAUAAUGUAAGAUAAGUGACACCCUUUCAAACUAAUCACAGAAGUGCCAAGCUUUUUUAAUUGUUAUUAUUUUUAACUACAGCUACUUUUUUCCUAAAUCCUGUGAAAUAAAAACUUAAAUAAGCCUUAAAAUACUCACAAAAAGUUAAAAGCUUGGACGGAGCUCUUCCUCUCUUGCCUUCUGCACACCCACCCACAUGGGCUUGCAAAGGUGACUGAUGUUUCUGACCCACUCCCUGUAACUCUUUGAUGCAUCUCACUUCUCAAAGCAUAAUGUAGAAUUAGUACUUUGAACCUUGGCUACUGAUGGCAGUUACCAUCACAGAGCAUGCAGAAUCCCACGCUAUCUCAGGGGGUCAUGCACUGUAAUGACUUAUAGGUACAUUGUGUGUACAAAGAUAAGAGCUUUGCAGAGAAGUGUGGGCACCUGCUUGUUGCCCUGGGCCUGCCCAGCUUGAGAAAGGUAUGAAAGUGUCUUGUUUAGGCCUCCCUCCAAGUGCAGAGCUGUGCAGUCUGGCUUACCCUCUUCACCUUGACUUAAAACUUAGGUAAUUCAGUUUGUGUAAGAAGUGACCUGAUGAAAGUUUCAUUGCUGCAUCUGAUAAUCAAAUUUAAGAGUUAUGUGUUGGAUGUUAGUAACAACAGAAGUCCAGUUACAACUGCUUACUCCAUCUUUGUUUAGUGGAAAUCUAUUUCCUGAGUUAGCUUUAAGAGUCAAAACAGUAAGAAAAUGCUGCAGAUUUCCUGUGACUUAAAAAUCUCAUUUCUAUUUAUUUCUUAUUAUGAUAAUGUUCAACAGUUUCAGAGAGAACUACAAUAUUGUUAUGGUUUAAGCACCCAGGACAAAUAUAUUGUUUUGGUUGACAGAUAUUAUUAAAUGGGUUUAAACAGCUUUAACAUAAUCACAUUAACACUUUCUACAUUAUGAGUUAAAGGUGCUGCACACAGGUAGUCACCAAUGAUAUGUGUUAUAAAUCUUAGUAUGAAAAAUCCCUGCCUGGCUUUAUGCAGGAGGAAGCUAGUGACAGUACUUUCAUGGCAAACCAAAAAUACCUGCAGCUGUAUUAUUGUCCUCAAAAAGUACUUUGCUUGGGAACAUAACCCCAAAGUUCAUCAGGGUUCUGCUUCCAAAGCAAGAGUAACCUACAACAGAAACACUAGAGUUACGAAAAAUCAGAAGUAAAGUCAAGUGGCUAUACAUAACCUACCUGUGUAAUAACCUUUGAGAAGCGCUUCACAAACAGCAUUGUUAGUGUGUGAUGUGAUGUUCUAAAUCAGACCACAGUGGUCCCCAGCUACUAUGUACAUACAUUCAGUGCUGGAGUAACUUUUUGAUUUACACCAGCAGUUUCAUAAAGAUUAGGAGUUCCUGACUGACUUUAUGCUCCACUCACCCACUGUAUGUGAAAACACACAUUCACCUUCUGCCCUGCAGUACAUGAGGCAGGUGGCAGCGCUGCUUGGAGCAGACGCAGGCCUGAGUGCUUUCUGUGGUGGCAGAGAGGUAAAACAUUGGGUUUGGUAGACGUUGAUUUUGUACAUCCUGCCUUUGCUGUGCUUUUGGAAGUCCAUGUAGUAUUCAUUUGUUCAUCACAAAGCAUCAUCAAAAGAAGAGCUGGUCAGCAGUGCCUCUACUUCAUCCACUACCUGUUUGCUCCAUUAUUUAUCUAUUGACCUGGACAAGAAACUGCAGUAACUAUUGCUCGUUCCAGUUUGCUGCAUGAUUGCAUUGAUUUGACCUGAUCCUCCUAAAAGAGAAGUCUGCCUGGCAACUAACAGCCGUAUAGGUGCAUGUUAAAAGAAACAGAUUACUUAUGGCUGGAGUUUAACCAAUUUUUCUUUACUAUGCAAAGAUGGGUAUUGCACAAACAAAUCUAAGACAAAUGUCUGAGGAAAUGCCAUAGAAUACUUGAAGUUAUGUUUUAAGCCUACUCAGUCAUGUUUUGUAUUCAUUAUUGCUUCCACUGUUACUCUUCCUUUUGAAAAUGAUUUGUAAUUAUUUUUUUAAGUGCACAACUUGAUGUUAUAGAUCAAGUUUUUGUUUCAAGUUAAUACUCAUUCAUAUCUUGUUGGCUGCUAAUGAAUGAAAAUUCAAUAGUCCUUGUUCUGCAUCUUAGCAAGAUGAGUAUUAAAAAUGUCAUGAACGUGGAA